CUCUACCUCCACCUCACCCCAUAAACCGGGUCUUUGGGGAUUGCGAGUGAACCAUUCGACGUCCCCUCAGAGCCCACGUCUGCUCUCCGAGUUACUCCUCGAAGGAUUUCGCAACACCUCAUUGCUACACCCUCUAUCAUCCACAUCCAUAACCUCAGCGCAUCAUCCUCUACCUCCAGUUGUCGAACGAAGUGAUGUUUGAGGAAGAAUAUGAUUUUGAGCUCGAAGGGGAUUCUCAUUACGAGCCUCGUACGAUAUGGGAUUUACUCGCAGAUGCGUGCGAAGAAGGACAACAGUAUUGGGCUAAUCAUCCAGACGAGGGUCCAAAUGAAUCCCAACAGAAAGUCCAAGAAUAUAUAUGGGACAUUGGUCUCAUGAAGCGUCCCAAGGCUCCAAAGCUAGAGCUUAAACCCGAAGGCGAACCUACUCCCGUGCCGGUGCAAGUCAUCUCACGAUGGCGCUCACUGCGUACCACAGCUGCUCUAAAGCUCAAGCGCACUGGUGGUGAACUCAAGACCCGCUGUUCUCGCUUACCAUCCUCCUUACGCUCGCCAACGGUCCCAGCCAAACGAUGGCUCAGCAAAGUCUCUAGCACGGUCUCUAUGUCGCUGCCUAUGCAAAUAACCCGCGGCGUCGUCCGGUCCUCCUCUAGCCUCUCUUCUAGUACGACGCUAUGCGAUACGAUGAGGAUCUCGACGCUGAGUGCAAGCACCGCCGUGUCUACUGAAACCGUGGAGUCGGGUAACAAAAAGAAAGUGCGCUUUGCAGAAACUCCGACAUAUUUCGAGUUUCGGGUCAAAAAGAAGAGGAGUCGUGUGGUCCUUCGUUCCAGAGGAUCUUGGAUGACAAAACGAAACUUCCCUGAACCUAUUGUGUCACACGUUAAGCCCAAGUCUCUUGAAGACAUCGAAUCCCAAAUAUUUGAACCCAGCGAGAACGAGUUGUUCGGUAUGGACAUGCUCGCAAAGCUUCUCGAUGCUAGGGCAGCUAAGGCAGCACAGCCUGCCAAGCUGACGUUCGAAGACCCCGCACUCCUUCCAUGGCCUUCAACUACCUGUGGCCUUCCCAAAAAACCGUCCCAGACGCUCCUCACUGCGCCUUUAAACACAAAGAAGUCUCUAUUCGAAGAUGAGGAUGAGGAGGAUGAGAAAAAGGUUGUACCGUGGUACUCUUGGGCAUCGAUUCGAUGCAGGAUUGAAUGCGAGUUGUUGACACUUGGUAUUUGGUUGAUCAUUUGGUUCUGUAUUUUUGGUUUAUUAUUCAUUCAUAUCAUUCGUGUUAUCCUGCGCAUCCGCUGAUUGAGUUGUGGGUCAGAUCUCUCUUUUUUCAUGUUUUGUUCUUUGAUGCUUUCAUUUCGACCGAGCCCCAAGAGGCCGCGAUCUCGCUUUCUUUUCUUUCUUGUUUUGCAGCAUUUUCAUCUAUUGUUCAAUUUCCUCUCAUUAUGCUACUUUGCUCUCUCGUUAUGCUUAUAUCUCAUUCAUCGUUAUUAUCAUCAAAUU